AUGACACAUUCCAUGUGAGUUUUUUUUGCAUUUUUUUUUUUUGAAAAAAUCAAAAAAAUUCGAACUCCGCGCGGCUUUUCGGUCAAUAUUUGUUCGCAAUGAUGACAUGGAAAAUUGGGGCUAUUAUUUAUUGACGUGAUUUUUUGAACGAGAAAAAACAAGAAAGUUAAAGCAAUAAUCAAAGGUUCAAAUACCGUAAGACAAAAAUACAAAAUACGAAUUUAUAGCUACAAAAAAUUCUAGAAUAAUCCAACUCCCCAUUCUUUUUCAUUUUCAAUUUAAAAAUUACGUGCAAAUUUCAAAUUUCAAAAAAACCCCCCUAAUUAGGUCUCAAGGCAACGAAUAAAAAGUAGAAGAAAAAGAAGACGAAAUAGAUUUAGAAGAGCAGAAGAGAGCCCAGAUGAAAAAAGGAGCAUUUACAUUCGCCCGCGCAUUUAUUUCACAAAACAAUAUUCUCGGUUAAAGUAGUGCGCCAUUUGGGGCGACGUCGCACGCUAAAUUUGACAAAAAAUUUUGAUGCGACGUCGCUCGAAACAGCGCCUCAUUUGAUGCGCUGUUUGUGGCGACGGCGCGCAUUCCGGCGCUAUUUCGGGCGACGGCGCACACUCGCACUACGGUAGGAAACAAAGUGUGCAAGCAUUUUAUAUGACGCUCACCCUUUUAUUUUUCUUUUUUUUUGGGCGGCCUCUUUUUGUUUGUGUUUUUCGAGGGUUUUCAGUAUUUUUUUCAAAAGAAGUUGUAGUAAAAUGAUGAAAACCACGUUGAUUUUAUCUAUUUAUAUGUUAUUUGCUGCCGAAUAAGUAGAAAGCUCGGCUCUAUUAGGGGGAAAAUGAUUUUCAAAUAGUUUUGUCAUUUUUCGAUGUAUUUUUUCAAGCCGGAAUAUUUUAAUUAAGUAUUUAGAUUUACGAGAAAUUUUCUGGCAAGAUUUCAUUAUUUUUACGUGAGCAUGAGACGUCAUUUCAUUUUCAGUUAAAUUCUUGAUCCUAGAGUCAGUUUUUUGUUUCUUUUUCGAGCCAAUGGCAAUUUCCUAUUCGUCUGGCUUGUUACUGCGAUAAGAUAGUUUUCAGAUAACCGGAAUUGGAAGUUCGACAAUAAAAAACCAAUACAACAUAUGGUGGCGUCACUGAAAUCAUUUUGUUUUGCGCGCUCCUCAGGUUUGAUUUUUAUGUAUUGUCUUUCGAAAAUUCAAAAAAUCGUAGGUUAACUGAUUGAUUCUAGAUUGGAACAAUUGAAAUAUCAUGAACAACAUCGAGACGGUCGAAAUGGAAACAGAUCGAAUGGCCAAUCGACUAGGAAAACAAGAGAUGGUAAGUGUUUUUCGAUUUGAAUCUCGAAAUACAGACAAUCAAAUAAGUAAAAAGAUAGCGAACCAGCUGAUCUGGCAUACCUUCCUGCCAUAUAUCAAAAUUUGACGAGGAUUUGAAUAUCAAAAUUUGAUUCAAUUUCGAAUUUUUCAUUUAAAAAAUUCCAAUAGUUUUCGAGCUGAAAUACAUAAAAUUCAUGGUUUUCAGCUCGAAAACUAGCAUUUUCUCUCGAAAAUCCCUGAAAAUCGCGAUUUUUCAGCUGAAAAUUGUGAUUUCCAAGGAUUUGGGCAGAAAAUCUGAAAUUUGGCUUGAAAUUUGAAAGUUUGCCUUGAAAUUCACGUUUUUUUGGAAGAAAUCGCAACUUUCUAGGUGGUUACUAAGCCUAAGCCUGAAGUGAUGUUGAAAUUUUGAAAUAAUUCUUAUACUUUCGACAUCAUGUUCAGGUUUUAGACUUAGACUUAGCAAACCCCCUAAAAAGUUGCGAUAUGUCCCGAAAAAACCUGAAUUCCAAGCUAAACUUUCAAAUUUCAAGCCAACUUUCAGAUUUUCUGCCCAAAAUCCUUGGAAAUCACAAUUUUCAGCUGAUAAAUCGUGAUUUUCAAGGAUUCUCAGCAAAAAAUCUGAAAAUUUGCUCGAAAUUCAUGUUUUUUCGCGAGAAAAUAAAUUUUCAGCCCAAAAUUAAGAAAAUUUGGAAUUUGCAGCUUUGCCUUGACCCGGAACCUUGAAUUUUCAAAUUUCAAGGUUUCCAGCGAUUGAAUAGCUGGAUUUUCAAUCAAAAAGGAUUAAAAUCUGGAUUUUUUCUUCCUCAACCCUUAAGCUUGAUAUAUGAGAAUUCUUGCUUUUGAUUGAAAAAAAGCUGGAUUUUUAAACAAAAAUGAUGGAAAUCUGAAAUUUUCAGCUUUUCCCAGACCGGAGAUCUUGAAAUUUGAUAAUUCAAGGUUUCGAGCGAGGGAAAAGCUGGAUUUUCAGCCAAAUUUCUAGAAACAUCCAAUUUUUGGGCCAAAUCAGACCGUAUUUUCAAGAAAAUCUGUAAUUUUGGCCCCUGAGUCCGGUUUUCAACAAAAAUCGGAAUUUUUGACAAAAAAAUGGGAAAAAUUUGAAAUUUCAAUCAAAUUUCUAGAAAAAUCCCAAUUUUGGGCCACAUUUCGAUAAAAAGGCCAAAUUUUUGAAAAAAUCUGUAAUUUCGGGUCCAUUUAACUUUUUUCGAACAUUAUCGCAAAAAUAGUGGACACGUUUUUGUUAACUUUUCCUCAAUUUUCUUUCAUUUCGAAAUGGAUUCAAAAAUGAGCACCGAGUUUGAACCACGAGUCAACAAAGCUCAAAUGAGUUCUAUUCUUAGAAAGUUAGCCUAGAUAAGCCGAGUUUUACUAAAGUUAUUAGAGUAUAGGAAGAUUAUGAAAGUUCAUAUCUUACAAUUCGCAGAAGUGCUUCGCUAUGUUUAUACCAAUACCAUUUUUCAGAUUGCGACACGAGAUUUUCAAUCAACAACAAGCUGCCGCAGAGUCAAAAAUAAUUAUUUAUGUUAUAACUUCUGUAUUUAGAGUAAAUAAAUAUCAUUGUUUCAAUAUAUGAUGUUAAUUUAGUAUUCAAUUCAGCUUUUCUAGCGCUUAUCGAGCUUUUUCUGGUCCAAAAACGCUUUUUGGAAGGUUUGCUGCGCUAUUUCGAGCGACGGCGCGUCAAUUUAUGCGCUAUUUCGGGCGACGGCGCGUCGUUCUGAUGCGCCAUUUCGGGCGACGGCGCCCGGCUGUUUGAUGCGCCUAUCGCCCCAGAUGGUAGCAACAGCGCCCCAAAAGUCAGCAAGUGGCGCAUCACUUUAUCCGAGUUGAUUAAACUAGAGAAAAACUAGAGCAUUUUUCAUCCAAUUUCUUCGUAUUUUUGGUCGUAAGACGCUGGGAAUUUAUUAUUAUUAUUUUGAAUAGUAUUCUAAAAAAUGGAGUCAUCGCGAUCGCGCUCUUGUGAGCCGCCAUCUUCGCGCAGCUCAUUGUGGUCCGGAAUGUUGGCGCAGAAAAAACCAGAUGAUAAUUUCAGACGUCGACGAAUGUCGAAAGCUCGACGCGAAUCGCAGAUGAUUGAAUUGUCAAGUUUGGGUGAGUUUUUAGAGGGGGGAUUGAAAAAAAACACUUUAAAAAUUUAAAAAUAAUAAAAAAACACAGUCGACUCUCAUGCUACAGUAAGAAACACUACGAGACCCAAAAUAUGUUUGUUGUGUGCCUUUGAUAAGUGUACUGUAUUUUUAAAUAUUUUUUUUCAUUUUUUUUUGUGGGCUUUGUACAGAUAUCUGGGAUUAUCCGGCUUUAGACACCUAUUUAGAAGGCUUCAUUUAGACCGGCCUAGUUUCUACCUUCAGCCGUAACUCGAUAAAAACAUGAACUUUUUCAAAGUUCACCCCAAAUCAUAUUUUCCCAGACACACUCAUUCUUAAGGGUCCACUUUAUUCAAAUGUUCGUGGGAAAAUGUUAAUAGUUUUUAGGUUGUUUUAUGGGACCAAGUUCAAAAAAAAUUCGGUAAUCCCAGUAAAAAACAGUCAUCAAUUACCUUCUUCUUCACCAUUCUUAUUUUUUCUUCAUUUUUAUCCAUUCAAAAAAAAGGCAGGGGGCUCCACCGCCGUUUUUUGCUCCUCUUCUUCGUCUUUCUUUCUUCAUACAUACGCCGAAAGCACAAAAAGCAUUCGCGUAGUUGUGCUCCAUUUCUCUGAUCGUCUCGCCACUCUCCUCACAUCCCUCGCUAUUUUUCGCGGUUUCUGAAAAAUGGAAGAUGAAGAUGAAGAAGAAGAAGAAGAAGUCUGUGUAUGUGACAACAACUGUUUUGUGAAAUGAGUAAUUUCGAGGGGGGAAACCUAAGUUCGCUCAAUUGAGAAUAAAUAUACAAUGUGGGGAAAGUGCGCUCUAUCGAACAUUUAAUUUUAAUCCGCUGAAACGUGGUUUGCAUCAUCUUUAAAUAGCACAAAGUUGUCCAAAAACAGAAAAAUUUCUAUUUUGAGUUGAAAUAAUCGGUUUGCUGAUCAUUUUAACACCAUAAAUUAUCAAAAAGAGUAAAAACUGAUAAGAAAAUUAUUCUAAACUGUGAAAAAUGGGGCCGCAUACUCCAUCUACGGUAACAUUUCAUGUUGGAUGUGAUACUUGUGAUCUAGACACACCGCUGAGCCGAAAAUGUCAUGUUCAUUUUUGUGAGUUGACCUCAGGGACCUUCCAAAAAUAUUCCCAUCCAAAAAUAAAUAAUAACAAUUUCCAGCUCCCGGCACAAGAGUCAUGUUCCUAUUGAAAGAGAAAGAUGAUACACCGGCACUUUUCACGGAAAUGGGCGAAUUGGGAGCAGAAGAAUGGCGGGAGACUGCGAGAUGGGUGAAAUUUGAGGAGGAUGUUGAACAGGGUGGAAAUCGAUGGUCGAAACCGCAUGUUGCAACACUUUCACUUCACGCGCUGUUUCAGUUGAGAAGUUGUUUGAUGAAUGGAUUGUUUUUGAAUGAUUUUCCCGAAAAUGAUAUGCAAUCGAUUUUUAGUGGGUUUUUUUGAGGGGAAGAAAUGUCUUGGGAAAAUGUUUUGACAUUUUGGAAAUUAAGUGGAAAGGUUCACGUUAUCUUAUCAAUUAAAUUUUGAAUUAAUUUCAAAAAUUAACAAUUUUGAAUAAAUAAAUGAAUUUGAAAAAUGUAAAGAGCAAUUUUGAGACAAAAAAAAGGGACUAGAAAAUUUCUAGUCCCUAAGGCUAUGUUUUCCUAGUCCCUCCAUUUCUCUAGUUUUUUUUUCCUGGGGCUCUAUAUGCUCUACACUUUUAAUACAGAUUCGGACAAUUUAGAGAUGAAUAUCUUUCACUAUGUUUAUUUCUAAAUGGCUUGCCGGCCAUUUCAGCUUAAGAAUUUAAAAAAAAAUUCAGAAUUUAAAUCCCCUCAAUUUCCAGCUUCGAUCGUCGAUGAGCUGAUAAAAAGUGGCGAUUUGCCAGCAGAAAAUCGUGAAGACUUACGCGAAGUUCUUCUCCGCAAACACGUCCAUCAAUACGAGCAGGUACAGCUUUUAUUUCCUCUCAUGAUUUUUCCCGAUCCCAAACAUUUUUGAAUAGCCCGGUUUCUGGUCAACACAUCCGUCCACUUCUAAACACCAGGUGAAUUCGAUAUUUUUGCUGUUAUUAACAUUUUUUCUUGAAUUUUAUAUGGUUUGAAGUUUAGCUUUUAACAGCAAAAAUUUGAAUUCACGUGGGUUUGGAAAAGGUGUGAUCUUUGAAAAAUUGAUAAGGUGUGAAAUAUUUUUUGUACCGAAAGAGAAUAUUUCGAGUGAUAAGAGGAGAUUAGAAGUGGAGUCGCUUUCGUCAUCAAACAGAAAUUUCAUGAAAAUUCGAAACACGGCUGUUAAAUAAUAUUAAUUGCCGACCUCAUGACGUCACAAACUUUUGUGCUUUUUCGUUACAAAUUUAUCACUAUAGCAUCUUUUCACCCUGACCAAAUAAUCACAAAUUCAAAAAGCAAACAAAUACAAAUGAAUUUAUACAUUUUAUAGGCCAAGAAAAACGGGGCUGAAAAAUCUGGAGGAUUUUUGAGCACAGUUCGAUCGAUUUCGGAUAUUGGAAAAUCGUUUUCCCAUGGAAAGAAUUUGGGAAAAAUUGAGGAACAACCAGCACAAGGAGGAACAUCUUCGAAUCAAUUAACACUUCCCAAUGUUGAAUCAGUUAGCAAUGUAUCAAAAGAAGAAGAUGCGUCGAAAGGAAAUCUUCAUUUUUUGAAAAAAUUGCCAGCUGGAGUUGAAGCAAGUAAUGUGCUUAUUGGAGAAGUGAGUACAAAAAAAUUCUAUUCGGCUUCAAAAAUCAUUUUAGGUAGACUUCUUGACAAGACAUGUUUGCGUUUUUGUUCGACUGAAGAAUGCGAAUCAACUAGGAGAUUUAACCGAAGUUCCAGUUCCAACCAGAUUCAUUUUCUUGCUUCUUGGUCCAACUGGACAUGCACAACAAUACCGAGAGAUCGGAAGAGCUAUUGCCACACUUAUGGCUGAUGAGAUUUUCCACGAUGUUGCUUAUGGAGCUAGAGAUACUGAUGAUUUAUUGGAUGGUAUUGAUGAGUUUUUGGAUCAAGUGACAGUGUUGCCGCCUGGUGAAUGGGAUCCGAAUAUUCGCAUAGAGCCACCGAAUAAAUUGCCGUCGCAGGAAAAACGAAAACAAUUAGGAAAAGAAUUAUUAGUUGAAGAAUCUGCCGAAAAACCGCAUGCGAAAAAAGUUAUUGAGGAAGAGGAGGAAAAUGCGCAUGGCAAUGAUCCAGCUCUCAAAAGAACUGGAAAACUGUUUGGUGGAUUGAUUUUGGAUAUCAAACGAAAAGCUCCACAUUAUAUUUCGGAUUUUACCGAUGCAUUUAAUAUGCAAUGUUUGGCCUCGAUUUGUUUCAUGUAUUUCGGACUUCUUGCACCAAUUGUUACUUUUGGUGGACUUUUAGAAGAAGCGACACAUCAAAGAAUGGCAGCGAUGGAAAAUCUAUUCGGAGGUGCUUUAUGUGGUGUGAUCUACCAUCUGUUUGCCGGACAACCCUUGACAAUUGUUGGAUCUACUGGACCGGUUCUCGUUUUCGAAACUAUUGUCUACGAUUUCUGUCAUCGAUUUGGUAUCCAAUAUUUAAGUUUCCGAUUCUGGGUUCAUGUUUGGACUGCAGUUAUCCUGUUCAUAAUGGUUGUUACUGAUGCAAGUUCAUUGGUUUCAUAUAUUACUCGAUUUACCGAGGAAUCUUUCGCCACUUUGAUUGCUGUUAUUUUCAUUUAUGAAGCAAUUAUGAAAUUGGUGAAGAUUAAAGGACAAUUGGAUGUUAUUGAAUAUUCGCGAAAUGCUGUUGAAGGAAAUUGUUUUUGUAUUCCAAAUGUUGGAAAACCUACAGUCAGUCACGAAAGAGCUAUUCAUUACAUCGAACAACACAAACUAACAAUUCCACACAAUUCAACAUUCAUCGAUGUCGCCAAAGCUGGAUUGAGUGAUUGCCGUGGAAUCGGUGGAGCUUUUGGGGGAGACUCCUGUUUUCCACUCUAUGACAAACUUCUCAUGUCAAUUUUGCUCACAAUCGGAACAUUCUUCUUGGCGACAACGUUGAAAAAGAUGCGCAACUCGUGCUAUUUCCCGUCGCGAGUUCGUCAAACUCUUUCGGAUUUCGCUGUGAUGAUUGCGAUUGUUUCGAUGACAUUGGUUGAUAUUCUUGUGGGAGUCAAUACGCCGAAAUUGAAUGUGCCAAGCACUUUCAGAGUGAGUUUUUUGAACAAAAUUGAGCGAUUUCAAUAAAUCUGAAAUAUUUUCAGCCAACAUGGGAAGGUCGUGGUUGGUUCAUUCCACCGUUCGAUGGAAAUGCAUGGUGGACAGCUCCACUUGCAUUCAUUCCAGCUCUUCUCGCAUGUAUUCUCAUUUUCAUGGAUCAACAAAUCACAACAGUCAUCGUUAAUCGCAAGGAGAACAAAUUGAAAAAAGGAUGCGGAUAUCAUUUAGAUCUUUUGGUUCUUGCUGGAUCAAUUAUCAUGGUCGGAUUUCUUGGACUUCCGAUUUAUGUAGCCGCCACAGUUUUAUCAAUUAAUCAUAUUAAUUCAUUGAAAGUCGAGUCAGAAUGUAAAGCACCAGGAGAAGUUGCACAAUUUGUCGGAGUUCGUGAACAACGUGUGACUGGAAUUGUUACUUUCCUCAUUAUCGGUUUAUCUGUUCUCGCAACUAAUGUAAGUUUUUUUUGAAUUACUUAAGAAAAUUUAUUUUAAAAAUCAAAUUUUCUAGGUACUUGGCCGUAUUCCAAUGCCAGUUUUGUAUGGUGUAUUCUUAUACAUGGGUAUCUCAGCUCUUGGUGGAAUUCAACUCUUCGACAGAACUUUACUCUUAUUCAUGCCAAUGAAAUAUCAACCGGAUACUAUAUACAUUCGACAUGUUCCAAUCAAGAAGAUCCAUUUGUUUACCGCAUUCCAGAUUGGAUGUUUGGCUCUUUUGUGGGUUAUUAAGUCAAUCAAAUCGACAUCUAUCUUAUUCCCAAUUAUGGUAACUUUUAUAGAUUUUGUCAAGAAAUCUAUAAUUUAAUUUACAGCUUGUUGUUAUGGUUGCAAUUCGUAAAUUCAUGGAAAAAGCGUUCACCACAACUGAUUUGAAAUAUCUUGAUGAUCCAAUGCCUGAUUUCCACCUCAGAAAGAAGGAAGAUCUUAAAAGAAGACAAUCGGAGGGAGAACCGGUUGAAAUUGAAAUCGAUAAUGAGAAUCAAGCAACAAUUCAUGCUGUUAAAACCGAAGCCCAUUUACAUAUUCCAAUGGCAUCUGGAAAUGUUAUCAAGAUUCCAUUGGCUGCGAUUCAAGAACCAUCGCAUCAAAUUAAUUUGACAAAAGAGGUUAAUAAUAGUGGAAUGUGGAAACACAUUAGUUCGACGGAUUCGAAAAAUUCGCUAGUGAAGGAUAUGCCUCAAGAGUGAGUUAAUUUUUUUCAAUUCUUGGGAAACAACAAGAAGUUUUUAGGCCUGAAUCAUCGAAUCCUGCACCAAUUGAACAACCUGAAGAUGAUGAUGAUCCGAUUAUGAUCAAAGUUAUUCGCCCAUCGCCUCAUCCUUCUCAAUCAAAUCUCAAUGAGAAUACUCCAUUGUUAAAGGAGGAUGAAGCCAACAAAUCGACAUCAUCUAAUGAGCCAAAUGUCUGA